CCCGCCCACCAGUGUAGCUCGUCGUAAGCAACUGGCGCGUAUAAUGAAAGUGUUAGCAGUAAAUAAUGAUUUAGUAAUUAGUUUAUUUUCAGUGGGCAGUUGUAUGCUCAAGCACAAAAAUAUAGUUGAACUUCCAGCAAAAGUUAAGGAGAAGAGCAGGUUAUGAAAUGUUACGUGUUAAAUGUGUUAUUUAUUAUAAUAAUAAAGCCGACUGUAGAUACUAAGGCUAGCUAACGGUCAUGUAGUGGCUAAGCUAAGUGUUUCUGAAGCUUGUUUAUAGUCCUGUAACAGACGAAUGUUACUAUUUUCUUAGAGUUAGAGUGAGUGGGGUUAGUUUACAGAGUGAAAAACGAGGUUUGGGGCUGUCUAGCUGAGCUAAAAGCUCGUAUACCAUGCAGCUGGAGCUAAAUGGAGGUGUAGAGGUGAAGUGGACAUGAAUCCGUCAGUCAGGCGCAAACUCAGCGAUGGCAAAACUGGACUGUCCCGAGCCAAGGACAGCAAAAGUGAAGAGCAUGAAGGCAAACCGGGAACAGCGAGUGUUUCUCUUCCUUCAUCUCCAUCCAGAGAAGAAGAGCCAGGUCCUGAAAACAGCACCGAGGCGUCCAGACGAGCAGGAAGGAGCAAAGAAGCGCAACGUGGCUCGUCAUCAGACGAUGAUGCAGAGAAGACUCUUUUCAUCACAGUCGAUAACGAGCAAAGCUGCCCUCGGCAAAGUGGGAAAACAAAACGAGGUGUAAAGAGGAAAAGAGAGAUGAGUGAAACAGGGUCCCAGCAGCAGCAGCAGCAGGAGGAUGAACUCCAGCCAGAUGUGGAAAUUGAUCAAGAGCUGGACAGGGAGCUGGAGAACAAGUCACGGCAGCAUAACCUGACCUCAGCUAACGUGCGCAGUAUUAUACACGAGGUGAUUACUAAUGAGCACGUCGUGGCGAUGAUGAAAGCCGCCAUCAACGAGACUGAACCUGUUCCUCUGUUUGAGCCUAAGAUGACUCGCUCUAAACUGAAGGAGGUGGUGGAGAAAGGAGUGGUCAUUCCUACCUGGAACAUUUCACCAAUCAAGAAGCCAAGCAAUUUGAAGGGUCCCCAGUUUGUGGACAUUCCUUUAGAGGAGGAGGACUCAUCUGAUGAAGAGUACCACCCUGAUGAAGAGGAGGAGGAUGAGACGGCAGAGGAUACACUUCUGGAAAGUGAUUUGGAGAGUACAGCAUCAUCGCCACGUGGCACACGACUAAACCUCAACAGAUCCUACAGCGAAUACGAUGCGGAAAACAGCUGCAGCCCCAGACAGAGCUUGCGCAGGUCACAGCAUGUGAGGGUGGCAGUUGUGCCCAUGGGUCCUCCUCCACCCCCUCAGGGCCCGGAGCCUCCACGACCCCAAACUGAGUGCAGCUUUAUGGAGAAGCUCCACGCUGUGGAUGAAGAGCUGGCUAUCGGUUCUGACUGCAUGGACUCUUACCAGUCUCUUACCAGUAACGGAGAAGAAGGUGAAGAGAGCCUGAUGGCCUUCCGUACUCGUUCCAAAAGGCCACUGAGAGACGUGCCUCUGGGUCGUUUAGAGGCGGAGCUUCGAGCACCUGACAUCACUCCGGAUAUGUACGAGUUUGGCUCCGCCCCCGAGGACAGGGAGUGGACACGGUGGCUGCAGGGCCUCAUGAACUCAGACGUGGAGAACGAAGAGGAGGGUGAUGAUGAUGAUGAUCCAGAAUAUAACUUCCUGGCUGACAUCGAUGAGCCGGAUGUGGAAGACUACCGGAACGACAAGGCCGUGCGCAUCACCAAGAAGGAAGUGAAUGACUUGAUGGAAGAGCUGUUUGACGCAUUUCAGGAUGAAUUAGGGGGUCAGGAUGAGGAAGGCCAGGAGGAGGAAGAAAAGGAGGAGGAAGACACUCUUCAGCAGGAUCCACCGAGUAUUCUGGAAACAAUUCAGUAUGAGGACCCUUUGGCGGAUAUUCUGAACAAGCGCUACCGCACAGUGAAGGAGCAGUUGGACGCUAUCCGCAAGCGAAAGGCUCUGUUGGAGAGUAAAGGAGUGUCUAUUCCUCCUAAAUGCCCCACUGGCCCCGCCUCUUUGUAUCUAAGCUCCACCCAGAAGCUCCGUCUCCAGCAGCACAUUCAACAGCACGUGCAGCUCCUGACCCAGGUGAGCAUGCUGAGCAGGUCAGUGGACGGUCUUCAGACUGAGGCCUGCACAGCUCGACAGUUCCUGUCAGAGCUGCAGUUCUUCGCACAGCAAGGAGAACAGGCACAGCAGGUCAUGGAUCCUGGGUUUGUCAGCAUCUUUAGAGCCUGUAACCUGCAGCCUGCUCUGUCUCUCCUCGAGGAAUUGGAUCAGUCUCCUAAAUCUGACACUCAGGGCCCUUGUCCAGUGUUCCCAGGGUCCCAGAUUCCAGCUGAUUUGGCCUGGUUGAUGGUGACACGGCCAGUGUUCCUCUACCCACAACUACUUCCUGUGGUCAGAGCGCGUCCAUUCAGUCAGAAAGGGCCCUUUACAUCAGCAGAAAACUGUCUGGUGGUUUUAGGCCAUCAGCACCUAAAGGGCACUGUGAAUCCUCUCAAGCUGACCUGCCAAUACCUGCUUGCAGCGAGAAACUUCAUCUGCCUGAGAGUGUACGUUCGCUCAGCGUGUCACAAACAACGGCCCAACUUCAUAAAGAGAUACUUUCUAGAAGGAAAAUGUCCUCCCAUGCCUUUGGCCUGUGAGAAAGUCAGUCCCAGUGAUCAGCGUCCCCCAGUGGAAAGAGAGACACGCCUCAUGCCUCGCUGGCUUUUGGAAAACCUUAAACUAAUCCAUGAAGAAGUGCGAAAGUACAAUCUUCAGCUCUCCAAUCCUCAACAUGCCAAUCCUGAGGAAAACUCUGCCUCGAAAGAAGACUCGUCCUCUCCAUCCUACAGCUUCCCCCCAGGUACGCGCUACCCUCCCAGCCUGCCCGAUUCCCUCGCCCUCUCUCUUAAACCACGGCCUCAUCCGGUUCCUGCUUCCUGUAGAAAAAAGGCAUCACGUGUGCCCUCUUCACACACUACAACCCAGUCCAAACCACCACCAUCAACCAAAGAUGUGGAGAAAGCCCUGAGUCGUCUACCGCCUCUUCUGCCAAAGUUUGCUAACCAGAAUGUUAAUCCUGAUCGGAACGUUACCUCUGUUUCAAAGAAGCAAAAAAUCAAAUGUAGAACUAAUUCUGCUAAUAGUGCUGGGAAGACCCGAGUGGCCGCAAAUAACGUUACAAAUUCAUCAGAUCAAAACCAAGGAAAGCUCAUUAUCACUUUACCCACUGCUCCAGUUACUUCCAGCGCAGAAACCCAGAUAAAAGUGCCUAGUGCUGCUACAAUAGGCCCAAACCAGGGAAAUGUCAUCAUGACUUUACCUACUGCACUCAUAUGUCCUACCCCGAGUGCUACGCUAGUGGCCCAGACACCUUCUUCCUUCACCCCGUUGGUUAAAGAGCACAUGAGUCAGGGCUGUGGCACUUUACUCAAGCUGAGCAUGGGACAGAGACCUAAUCUAAACCCUCUGUCUGUAUCUUCUCAAAUUUUUCUACUGCCUCCAGGCUGUGUAGUUACAAACAGCACUAAUGUGAACCCCGAUCACAGCCAAAAAUCCCUGAUCACAGCUAAAAAUGUAGCUCAGGAAACAGGGCUAGAAGACCUUGAGGGCUCUUUAGGGAACCUUCCAGAAAGGAUGGCGGUUUCUCAAGCAAAUAGAAAUCUUACAAGUGGCAGUGAAGGUAACAACGACCAGGAAAACGAUGAAAUGGAGACGAAAGUUCACGAGGAGGAACUAGAGUGUGGAGACGAAGACUUUAGAGAGCCAUUCCUCACCUUGUCAGAAUCUUCUGGAAGCCCGGCACCUAGUUUGUCUGGGGAAGAUGACGCCAUGGAGACGGUGAUGGACAGGGAAGUGGAAGAUGUAGAGGAACAGAGGCAAAGAGCAUCACAAACGUCGAUUCCUACACGGCUGAAUGAGCAGCCAUGCUGGACUGAAGGAGAGAAAGAUGAGAGGGAAUAUGCAGGGAUGCAGAAGGAGAAGUCAAGAAGCAUGGCAGACAUCACAUCACCUGCUUCUGUAACGUCCGAGAUGUCUUUGCCAGAGCUUCAGGAAACAAUGGAGAAAUUGUCGAAGCUGGCCUCGGAUCUUGAAGAAAAAAGACUUUCAAGAGAAGAAAAGUCAGACGGUUGUGCUACAGGAGAGGACAUCGCAGACUCAGAGCUUCUCUAUGACGAUUUAUCUGAUGAUGAUCCUCGGAGAGAUAUUAAAGACGUAGCCUUUGCACAAGCUUAUUUAGAGAAGGUGUGUGAGGCUCUGCAGGUGGUGCCGGGGAAGGUGGAGGAUUUUCUGAACGUGCUGUACGAGUUUGAGAGUAACCCCGACGGGAGGACCGCAGUGGAGCUCUUUGUGAGACUCAAACCUGUACUGAGCGACUGGCCUGAGCUGCUGCGAGACUUCGCCGCCUUCUUGCACCCAGAACAAGCCCAGGAGUGCGGACUGCUGGAGGAGCAGCAGGCAUUUGAGAGGAGCCGGAGGUUCCUGCGGCAGCUGGAGCGAACGUUUGGAGAGCACUCCAUGCACUACAGGAGGGUAGUGCGCACUCUGCAGCAGGGGCUACCGAAAAGUCACAGAGGCUCAGAGGAGAUGAAGGCUCAGAUAGCGCUGCUCUUUCGCGACCACACCCACUUGCUGGAGGAGUACUGGGUGUUUUAUGAGCAGCUCCACUCCACAGUGCAGCGCGGGUCUGAUGAUGAAGAUGAAGAAGAGGACGAGGUGGACAGCAUGCCCACUGCUCAAAUAGUGCACAGUGUGGAGGAAAGUCAGCGACUUGAGAAGGCAGAAAAUCAGACAAAUCAGAGCCACAUCCAGAGUACUAAUGUAAUAAGCCCAAAUACAGAGAGCUGUAGUGCAGGAACAGAGAUGAUGGACAAGCAGAGCAGAGAAGAAGAUCCACAGUCGCACCUCAAAGCUUCACAGAGUCCUGUCUGCGCCAAGAACAGUUCACGCAUGCCAAGCGGAGAGAAAAUUGUGCUCUGGACAAGGGAAGCAGAUCGUGUGAUACUCACUACAUGUCAGCAGAGAGGAGCCUGUCAAAGCACCUUUACUUCCAUUGCUGCUCAGCUGGGUAACAAAACACCCACGGAGGUUGGUGCACGCUAUCGGGACCUCAUAAAACUGUUCCACAAAUCCACAAAGCAGCAUCACAGCAGCUUCAUGGACACCGAGGGCCAGUUCCACCCGACUGAAGAGGAACCAGACUAGUGCAUGUGGACAGUUCAUAUCAAAUCUCCUGAUAUAUUUAAUUGGAUUCAAAAUGCUCAAAAUGCCAACUCACAAGCCAGAUAAGCUAGUCUUAAAGAAGGAGGAGGCUCUUAGGGUUUGAUGUCUCCUCUUAAACUUAUAAGUUUUAGUCUGCUUAGUUCAAAAUAUUUGGGCAUGUAGGCAGUUUCUACUUAGUAAAAAAAAAACUUUUGAAUGUUUUUUGAUUUUCACACCUAAUUUUGUGUUAAAAACAAUCCCCCACUAACAGUUUUUCAGUGCAAUUGCUACCGCUUGGAUUAAAUGUGGACAGAGGAAAGUGAAAGCGAACUUUUGGGAAGGUUUCAGCGGACUAGAAGAUUCUCAACAAGGACAUUGUUCUUAACAAAUAAUAUCUGGAAUUGUGUUUUGGGACUGUUGUUUAAGAAUGCUUCCUUUUAGCAGGAGCUUCAUGGAGCUGGUCAGGGACGCCUAUCCCAGGAGCACUGGGCUUGACACGGGAAUAAAUCCCAGAUGAGACGCCAGUCCAUCACAGAGCCAAGCACCAUGCAAACACACACAUAUUCUCAUGAAGAAGUGUUUCUUCACACCUAGGCACAAUUAUCAUACCCAGUCCAUCUACCAGCAUGUUCUUGGGAGGAAACCAGAGAACUCAGAGAAAAGUUAUGGAAUGCUGAAAUGGUGUAAUGAUGGUUUAAGGUUGUAGCAAGAGUCAGCUGGUCUGAUGAUAUUAAAAUGCAGAGACUGUUCACUGCUGCUAACUUGAAAGAAACACAGAAACCUUUACCAGAUUUUCUCCUGGACAUCAUAAUCUCAGAGACAUGCCUUUAAACAUCUUUGGAUAAUAAUCAUCAGUGCGUUAAUGGGUUAAUGGGCUGUGAUGAAAGAGAACUAUAGGAGCUGUCUUAUUUAUAUUUUUUAUGAUAAUUAUUAAAUUAAAAAACAAACAAGGGCACAGACUGAAAAAAUGAACCUUAAGUGUGACGAAAAUCAUAUUUGGGAGAUGUUUCUGUUACAGAUAACACUUGCGUUAAAUUUCGUGUCAUUUUUUUUUUUUUUUUAUGACUUUUUCAUGUGGUGAUUUGGUUCAAAGAAAUGUGGCAAUAAAAUAAAACAACGCUCUAAUAA